GCCCAGAUAGCACCCUUUUUGAUCCACAGAGAGACAAAAACCAAUCGACCAUGGACCAAAACAAUACGCCAAUGAUUCAUUACCUCCUGAUUUUUCUGGGAGUCGAGCCCCGCACUGUCAGACUGAUGCGUGAUGUUUUUGGUGUUGUGGACAUCAAUCACCUUGGCCUUUUCCUAUGCGAGUUUUUUAAUGAAUCACCUCAUGGUAUCAAUGCAUCCAACUAUGAGGUGUCAGUCGACGCCAUCUUUGAAGGUGACUACUGGCUGGUAAAGAAACUUGUCUAUUUCUUUUUGCACUUCACUGCGUUCGCAGCAACGUUGGAGGCGCUCAAUUGCAGUCGCGGCGAAAGAGCUCUCUCUUUCUACCUUGGUUACUUGCAUGGCUCCCGAGUCAAUGGCGACACUAAUGCUUUUCAGCUAUACAUGGAGUCCUUCACUGACCAAAACCCACUCCCUGAUGAUUACCAGAAUCACGAGGUGAACCCUUUCCUUGUUCCCUUACUUCCCGUGGGAGAUGCUCAUUAUCACGCGGAUGCACUCGAGACUACUUUCGCAAUCAAGCAUGUAAUCAGCACAACUGUUUAUAUCUUGGGUGACGUGCAAGUCUUUCGGGCUGGGCGAUUGAAUGUGUACAACGCGUUGGAUUUGGACGACGUUCUUCAUGAAGUUUACCUUGCAGCUCAAGAACGUAGCUAAAAUCGUAUGUCUCCCGGAUCUCCGAGUCCCUGAAACUGACUUGACCAUCUGUUGGGUAGGUAGAUAAAACGCCAUUAUAGUUCAGUUUCAGUGUCU